AUGGCUGAGUGGGGAGAAUGCGACACAGGAGUUAUGCAAAUAGAACUAGAGGAGGAGGGAGGAGAAUGUGACAAGUGCCGUGAGAAACGCGAGGAAGAAGAGAGAAAGGCAGCGCUCGAGACCAUUCUGGAGGAGUGCCGCGAGGUUAAUGGGCACGGAAAGGAAGCAAAAUGCUCAAUUGGCAUAUGGAAGGAUAACGAUACUGAAAAGGGCAACGUUGAAUGCGAUCCGUGUCGCAUCAAGCGGGAGGAAAAGGAGCGGCGGACAAGGUUUAUCUACGGUAAGGAGGCGCGGUCAUCAGGAUCAGUUGCUUGA